GGUUAACACUGCGGAAAAUCCUGAAAAAUAAAGCAGCUAUCGUUGAGGUGCUCUGCGGUCCUGUCGCUAGAGGUCGCUGUUUGCGCACACUUUCUCCGUGUCUCCGCAGUGCUGCCUGAAUACGAGGAGUGCGUUUGAUUGUUGCAGGGCUAAAUGGCGGACAGAGCUGGAUAGUCGCGUUAACACCGAGGACAAAAACGUUUCGACUGGGUGAAUUCCUGGCGUGACCCGGUCCUCAGCCGCGUGUCCCAGGGGUGCAGCGCAACCGUCGAAUCGAGCCGUAUUGUGCACCGAGCUUAAAGCUGUUUUCCGAUCGUACCCUAACCUUAGCUUUCUCGAGUUCCCAUCCCAAGCGGAGAAGUUAACACUGUUUAUGGUGGCUUACUAGAGGCAGCUAGCCUGUGAGCAAACCAUGGAGGACUCUCUUGAAUUGAUAGGGAAGCGUUUGCUUUUGCUCCUCGACGACGGCAGGUCCGCGAAUGGAUCCGAGCCGGAGCAGGCUGCCUGGGCCCGGGACUGGCUUCGGGGAACUGUGCGGGCAGUGAGUGUCAUCGGCCUGGCCGCCCCGGAGGUUAGCGUUGGGGAGGCGACAACAACAACCACUGCAGCGGGGCUAACGGUAUUUGUGGAGUUUGAGAAUGCUUCGCAGCGCUGUUCUUGGGUGCAGGUGUAUGACGAGGGGGUGAAAGCUGUGCUGGUAGAAGACUCCAUUGUUUGGGCCCGUCGUAGCGACGUUACCGACACAAGCGGAGCCCCGGCACCAGCCUGGCCUGCUCUGACUUUCCGCUCCCUGGUGGACAGAGUGGGUUUAGGAUCCUUGGUUCCUGUAGAGUAUUUUGGAAACAAGAAUUUUGAGUUCCUGCCUGACAACAAAACUGUCCAGAGGUUUGAGGUGGAUAAAGAUGUAAGACACCCUUUGCUGUUGGAGCAGCCCUCUCUGCAGGCUGCCAUCUCCAGCUGGCGUACUGACUUUGAACUGCAGGAGAUAUUCAGGAAGGGUUCAUACACCAUUCAAGGACGCAAAGUUCGUGUGUACCAGCCGGAGUUUGAAGAGUGCUGGGCCACUGGACUGGUCUCACAGCACGACCCUAUCUCUCACAUUAUGGAGAUUACCUUGGAUAAGGGAGAAGAAAAUCAGAUGGUUGAUCCUCGUGUGAUACACGUCAUGCUGACAGAGGAGGAGCUUGGCAAGAAUGGGCGGAGAAGGAAGGACAGCGAAACAAUGAAAGGGGACAGCGGACGCAGACGCAGGACUGCCUCAGAAGGUGAGGAUGACUUGAACUUGAAACGGUUUAAAGGAGCGGCAGAUACCGGAGGAGACGCACAAAACUGCGGCGACACCAGCAAAACUGCACUGGACGCGAUGGGGAUUUGGGCUGGAGACUCUGGUGAAAGAGUCAGCAGCACAACCAAAAAUGGAAGCUCUUCAGAAGGAACGUUUCCUCAGGGCCGAGGUUCGUCCCCAACAAUUAAUUCCUCGCUCCAGAUGGACCAGUCAAACGCUAGUUCUCCUCGCUAUCCCGGCCACGUCAAAGAAAACGGUCGUGCAGCCGCCACGCAGGGAGCAGCAGACUCGACCACCACCAUUACACCCACUCCUCCUCCCCUCAAACCAGCCCCUUCCCCCUUUUCCACUGCGUCUUUUCCCUCACUAGGCCAGAUGCCAGUCUUGGUUCCUGGAGCACCAGCCCCCAAGGUCUCCCCAUCCCCCCAGCUCGAACGAGAGGAGGGCAACCAGGCAGCUUAUUCCAAAACAGCUGCUCUUGUUUCCCCAGGACCUGUCACCAUUUCUUGGUCACAAGACAGCGUUCCCAGUGUUUCGCUUUCAGCUUCUGUGGGUUUUAGCUCUAAAACUUCUAACUGGGGAAGCCAGACAGAGGGAUCUAAAACAGCAUCAGGCUUUCGUUUGUCCCAAGCUGGACCUACUGCUCCUGUAUUUGGAGAUGUUACCUCACAGACCAACGGAGCUCCUACCACUACCACAGCCUCUCAGGAUGCUCCCAAGCCUUUUGGCUUCGGUUUUGGUGGAGCAAAGACUGAGGCUCAGCCUAAGCCAGACCAGAACCUGUUUUUCCAGUGCAUGCCGCAGAAGUCUGUCACCAGCCUAAAUCUAACUGCUGAUCAGACCCAAUCCAAGGACACCAAUUACUUUACUGCAGUGUCUGAGAGCCUGAGUAAAGAGCCUCCAAGCCUUUUCAAGCCAGCAGCCCCCGCUGAAGGGCUGAAAAAGCCUGAGCAGCCUAAAGUGCCUGAGGUCCAGCAAACGGGAAAUGGUGUGUUCAACAAAUCAUCAUCACCCUUCCAGGGCAUGGGGGGCUCUCCAGGAGGAAGGAGCUCUGGCUUAAAUGUGAGUGGUCCAGCAGUGUCCUCUGGAGCCCAAAGUGCUUCUAAAAAGAACAGUAAUAAUGGAAGUUCAGUAGUUGGCUUAGGGCUGCAGUCUGGUUUUAGUUCUGCAGAAAGUCACCAGAACCUUUUUCUACAGAACUCCAAGGAGUCUGCUAAUCCAUUUUUGGCAUACGGGGAAAAAUCCUCCCUCACAGCUUUCGUUGGCCUAACUGGGUCUGAGCCACAGUCCAUGGGUCCUGCGCUGGAUAGCAAGCCGAACCUGUUCACUAUGGCAGAGCCACCUAAGGGGAUUCUGUCUUCUCCUUUCCCAGCAUCGUCAGCAGCUGCUUCAACCAGCACUUCCCCCUCUCCGGCACCAGCCUCAUCUCAGACGUUGCAAAGUGAAGGGACUGAGACAAAGGAGGGGCAAGACGUUAGCGAGAUUCCAUCAUCCACCUCAGACUGCCCGAUGUUUGGAAACGCUGGUCCUGGUGGAAUGGAGGAGGUGCCCGGGCCCUUUGACCAGAGCCAGUCUCAGAAGUUUAGCUUGGAAGACAGAGCCCAGUCAUCUAAACAUGACUCUGAGUCCAGUAGCAACAGUGACCUCUCAGAUUUGAGUGAUAAUGAGGAGGGCCUGGAGAAAGGUCAAAUGCCAGGAGGACCUUCUGUUUCUGCCAAGGAUGGAGCCAUCAUGCAGAAAAAUAAGGUCCAGGGGGCCGCUAAGAGCCGUCCACGUAACAAGCCUUUCAAAGUGGGUCAGUCUGUACUUAAAGAUCAGAGCAAGGUGCGUCGUCUAAAGCAGUCUGGUGAGUCCUUUCUUCAGGAUGGCUCCUGCAUCAAUGUGGCCCCUCACUUGCACAAGUGCCGCGAAUGCCGUCUUGAGCGUUAUCGGAAAUAUCGGAAUACGGGCGAGGAGAGCGACGACGACGACGAUCCGAAUGUGGCCUGUCGUUUCUUCCACUUCAGAAGGCUGGCUUUCACUCGUAAAGGUGUGCUGCGUGUGGAAGGUUUCUUAAGUCCCCAGCAGAGUGAUUCUAUGGCCAUGGGACUGUGGCUACCUGUGCCCGCUGUCCAUGAGGGCCUCGACCUCGACACAUCCAAGUACAUCCUGGCCAAUGUGGGAGAUCAGUUUUGUCAGUUGGUGAUGUCUGAGAAGGAGGCCAUGAUGAUGGUGGAGCCUCACCAGAAAGUGGCCUGGAAACGUGCCGUGCGAGGCGUCAGAGAAAUGUGCGAUGUGUGUGAGACCACCCUGUUCAACAUCCACUGGGUCUGUCGUAAAUGUGGGUUUGGAGUGUGUCUGGACUGCUACCGGCUCCGCAGGAACAGGCCAAGGGAGGAUGUAGACGAAACUCCGGAGGAUGAAGUUUUCUCUUGGUUGAAGUGUGCCAAAGGCCAGCCUCACGAGCCACAAAACCUCAUGCCUACACAAAUUAUACCUGGAACAGCUCUUUACAAUAUAGGAGACAUGGUGCACUCAGCAAGGGGCAAGUGGGGUAUUAAAGCCAACUGUCCCUGUGCCAAUCGACACACUAAGCCUCUAGUGCGCCCUACUGCCCCAAAUGGAAUUUCACAGUCCACACCGGGCAGUGGGGGUGGCCUCGCAGGUGCAACCUCUGGUACUGGCAUCACUCCAAAAUCAGAUGGAGAAACAUCAGCAAUCAAAACAGAAACCACACAGACACCAGUAUCGUCAGACAGUGGGGGUGGAGAAAGUGUGGGCAGUACCAGUACCUCCACCAGUGGAACGUCCUCCCCCUGUAACCUCACACAGUUCUCUGCCAAGGAGUCGCGCUCAUCAGGAGAGGGCAACAGCUCUGCUCUGCACUGGCUGGCAGACUUGGCCACACAGAAAGCCAAGGAUGACACCAAGGAAUCUGGUUCGCUUCGCUCCAUAAUGAGUCGAGACAGUCGACCUCCCUUCGGCCUGGACUCCCUCAGUGCUCUGUCAAAGCCUUCUGCUUCUAGCCCUAAGCUAUUUAACAGCCUUUUACUGGGCUCCAGCAUGGCCCAGUCUAAACCUGAGGGAUCCAGUCUCCGGGACCUGCUCAACUCCGGACCAGGAAAACUGCCCCAAGGCCCUGGAGAGAGUGGGGUACCAUUCCCCUCUGUUUUUACCUCAGCAGGCAGUGACAAGCUGAAGAGCAGCCUUCCAAACUUCCUGGAUCACAUCAUCGCCUCAGUUGUGGAGACCAAGAAGGCCGAGGGCCGUCGCACCGGGGCCUCUGAAGGCGGAGAACUCGGAGCGUUAGGGUCUCGCAAAGACGGCGUAAUGGGCCUUAGCGUUUUGGAGCCACAUACCUCACACUCCUGGCUCUGUGAUGGCCGACUUCUUUGCCUACAGGAUCCCAGCAACAGCAACAACUGGAAGAUCUUCAGAGAGUGCUGGAAGCAGGGACAGCCUGUGUUGGUGUCAGGGAUACAUAAACGUCUGAAGACUGAGUUGUGGCGGCCUGAAGCCUUCAGCGAAGAGUUUGGAGACCAGGACGUAGACCUGGUCAAUUGUAGAAAUUGUGCUAUUAUCUCUGAUGUAAAGGUGCGAGAGUUCUGGGAUGGAUUUGAGGCUAUUUCCAAGCGACUGCAAGAUGCCGAUGGCCGGCCCAUGGUGUUAAAAUUAAAGGACUGGCCUCCAGGUGAAGACUUCAGGGACAUGAUGCCCACACGGUUUGACGAUUUAAUGGACAACCUCCCUUUGCCCGAGUACACAAAAAGAGACGGUCGUCUAAAUCUCGCUUCGCGCCUGCCUAACUUUUUUGUGCGUCCUGACCUUGGACCGAAGAUGUACAACGCUUAUGGCUUAAUCUCGACUGAAGACCGGAAGGUGGGAACCACUAACCUCCACCUGGAUGUGUCUGAUGCGGUCAACGUCAUGGUCUAUGUUGGCAUCCCUCACGGAGAAGACAACCAGGAGGAAGAGGUCCUGACCACCAUUGAGGAGGGCGAUGUGGACGAAAUGACGAAGAGGAGGGUGCACGAGGGAAAGGAGAAGCCUGGAGCUCUCUGGCACAUCUAUGCUGCCAAGGACGCAGAGAAAAUCAGGGAGCUGCUUCGCAAGGUGGGAGAAGAACAAGGUCAAGAGAACCCGCCAGAUCACGACCCGAUUCAUGACCAGAGCUGGUACCUGGACCAGGUGCUCCGCCGCAGGCUCUACGAAGAAUAUGGCGUCCAGGGUUGGGCUAUUGUACAGUUCUUAGGAGAUGCUGUAUUUAUCCCUGCUGGAGCUCCCCACCAGGUGCACAACCUGUACAGCUGUAUCAAGGUGGCGGAGGACUUUGUGUCUCCCGAGCAUGUGAGGCACUGUUUCAGGCUGACCCAGGAGUUCAGACACCUCUCCACUACUCACACAAACCAUGAAGAUAAACUCCAGGUGAAGAACAUCAUCUAUCAUGCAGUGAAGGACGCCAUUGGGACGCUGAAGGCCCACGAAUCCAAACUAACGCGCCCUUACUCGUCUCCUCAAACCGCCGGCCUCUGAAGACCACUCCACUACAUGCACACAGCGCAUACAUUUCAUACCUACAUAAACAAGUACCAGCUGCACAGCGCAGAGUACAGAGAUAGUGUAGGUUGUUUUGGGGGCAGUGAAGGUUUGAGUUUGGGAAGACUGUACAUUUGAUUAGAUGGGGAGGGACAAAUCAGCGCUUCGAUGAAGGAAGUCCUUUAUCGCUGUUACACAGUACGCUCAAACUUGUCUAGUUGUUUUCCAAUUUUUUUUUUCUGAUUUUGGUUAACUCUGUAUUUAAGGUCAGUGUGUUUGUUCUGUUUUCAUUGUACAUGUAAGACGUGAGAGUAAGGGAGGUAAAAGCUGACGUGCCUUUGAAGCAGAGGUUCAGCUACAAUAUAAGCAACUGACAAAAAUGUGAGUACUGGGCUAACUUUCCUAUUUUGAUGACAUUGAUAUUAUCUUUCUUCAAUAGGAGCGAGGUUAACCUGUUUUUUGUUUUCUGUUUAAGUUUUUAAACAGCUGAUUGUUUCUGCCCUCUGUGGCUGAAAUGAAUUUGUGAAAACAGCCAGUCAAGGGAAGCAGACCAAAGUUUUGUAUUUUUAGUUUUCUUAUUUCACUUUUAGAGUAAGAAGUCUUUUUUUUUUUAUACACCACAAGGUAAUAAUUGGGGGGGUGGGGCUUCAAAGGAGGGCAGUUUUUUUUCACUUGUCUUUGUCAUGUGGGCUGAAUGAACUGCAGACUUCCAACAUGGUUCAAGAAUCACAAUUGCAGCUGAACAGAACUACUGGCCAUUAACAUUGUAUCAAUAUAUAUAUUGAUCUAGCAGUCGGUUUGAUUUUUCACAAUAAAAUUUACAAAAACUGC